UACGAGAAAAAGGUUAAAAAACCACUCAAAACCAGGAACAUCAUUCCAUUUCCCUCCCUGCCUCUCACUCUCUUCGAUUCCCCCUUUCAAAAUUUUAAACUCCCAAGCCGAGCGAGUUUCUUGCCUUGCUUGGUUCUAGAAAAUGGAGAUCGCAUCGGUGCCGUUCGGUUCUUGCACCAAAGAGCACCAGAAGAUCUACCAGGAAUGGUUCAACCUUGCCGAUUCAGAUGGAGAUGCCCGUAUUACCGGAAAUGAUGCCACUAAGUUCUUCGCGAUGUCGAAGCUAUCUCGGCCGGAACUCAAACAGGUUUGGGCAAUUGCAGAUUCAAAACGACAAGGGUUUUUAGGUUUUACAGAGUUCAUCACUGCAAUGCAGCUGGUUUCCCUGGCACAAGCAGGACAUGAAUUAACCCCAGAUCUCAUUAAAACUGCAGAACACAUCGAGAACAUUAAACCUCCAUUGAUGGAAGGUUUGGAUGGUUUAGUAGCUAAAACCAAGGCUUUGACGAUAAAUGACCACUCUGAAGUAAAUGGAAGUGUUCAACUUCAUCCACCGCCAUCAGCUCAAUGGUUUGGUUCAAAAUCAGCAAAGAAACUUCCUCCCAGUGCAGUUACAUCUAUUAUUGAUGGCUUGAAGAGAUUGUACAUUGAAAAGCUAAAGCCAUUGGAAGUUACAUAUCGUUUUAAUGAUUUUGUAUCGCCCUUUAUGACUAACAGUGAUUUUGAUGCUAAACCCAUGGUCAUGCUUUUGGGUCAGUAUUCAACAGGAAAGACAACAUUUAUAAAACAUUUGCUUAGAUGCAACUAUCCAGGAGCUCACAUUGGUCCAGAGCCUACAACUGAUAGAUUUGUUGUUGUCAUGUCUGGACCUGAUGAAAGAAGCAUCCCGGGGAACACCAUAGCUGUUCAUGCAGAGAUGCCAUUUAGUGGUUUGACAACUUUUGGCGGAGCAUUCUUAUCAAAAUUUGAGUGUUCUCAAAUGCCUCAUCCUCUUUUAGACCAAAUUACGUUUGUGGAUACCCCUGGGGUUCUAUCUGGAGAAAAGCAACGAACACAAAGGAGUUAUGAUUUCACUGGUGUCAUAUCAUGGUUUGCAGCAAAAUGUGAUCUGAUUCUUCUUCUGUUUGAUCCCCAUAAACUUGAUAUCAGUGAUGAAUUCAAGCGUGUAAUUUCAUCUCUACGUGGUCAUGAUGACAAGAUACGUGUUGUUCUAAAUAAAGCAGACCAAGUUGACACCCAACAACUGAUGAGAGUUUAUGGAGCAUUGAUGUGGUCACUCGGGAAAGUUUUGAAUACUCCAGAAGUUGUGCGUGUUUAUAUUGGCUCAUUCAAUGAGAAGCCUGUUAAUGAAGCUGCUGUGGGUCCAAUAGGCCGGGAUCUUUUUGAGAAAGAACAAGAUGAUCUCCUUGCAGAUUUAAUUGAUAUCCCAAAGAAGGCUUGUGAUCGUCGAAUAAAUGAAUUUGUGAAAAGAGCAAGAGCUGCUAAGAUUCACGCCUAUAUAAUUAGUCACCUUAAAAAGGAGAUGCCUGCCAUGAUGGGCAAAGCAAAGACCCAACAGCGACUUAUUGAGAAUCUGCAAGAUGAAUUUGGAAAGAUCCAGAGGGAGUUCCAUCUUCCCGCGGGUGACUUCCCAAAUGUCGAGCACUUCAGAGAGAUCUUGAAUGGUUACAACAUCGACAAAUUCGAGAAAUUGAAGCCUAAAAUGAUUCAAGCAGUAGAUGAUAUGCUUGGAUAUGAAAUCCCAGAGCUCUUGAAGAAUUUCAGAAAUCCUUACGAGUGAAAACAUUGCUAAUUACAUGAAACUAUAUAAGGUCCGGGUGAUGAUAGUUUCGCAACAUGCUAUGCAUAAGCUUUUGGAAAUCAGGAGUGCUAUGUUUCAUGCUUCGAUAUGUGUUUUUAAUUAAUACUUUCGAUAAACUUGAUUGGGACAUGCAGCAUUAUUUCAUCAUAAUUUAGCA